CUUACCAUUCAAUUAGUGAACAAUGGAGCGGGUUUAAUUCAUUUGGCAGAAAGAGAGUUCAUUCAUUCAUUCAUGAGGGUUUGUGAGAUUUGAUUUCUUCGAUCAAUUUUUACCCUCACCUAAGUCGUUAACUUACGGUGGGAACAACCGACGAUGGCCAAUUGACACAGGCAUUAUUAAUGCAAUUGAGAAUUCAGAUGCCUUUGCUUCUGUUUCGUGUCCUACCUGCCAAAUAGCCAAAACCCUCAACUUUCAUCAUUCAUUUCCAAAGUGACCUCAUAGCAUGUCAAACUCAUCAUUCCAUCGGAAUUAGGAGCUAAAAUGAGAUGGACUUGUCUCAACACCAAAUACAUCAGCUCUAGUUCAGUUUUGAAGCCCACUUAUGUUACAAACACCAACAACCAUUUUAAGUUUCAGAGAUUCCAACACUAUGGGUGGUACCAAUCUCGUGCGGUGGGUGAUUUGCCAAACGAAUCACUGCCUGAUACCCUUCACGCCAAAUCGGUCAAGAAUGGUUCUUUGGACAAUUUGGAUGUCAGGAAUUAUGUCACCAGCUUGUAUGUGAAAUCUAAUAAGUUGGACUAUGCACACAAGCUGUUUGGCGAAAGCCCUGACAGGGAUGUCCGGUCCUGGACCAUACUCAUAUCCGGGUUUGCUCGAAUUGGCUAUUGUAGAAUGGUGUUGGAACUUUUUAAACAAAUGCGAAUUGAGCGUGUUUGUCCGAACCAAUUUACACUAUCUAGUGUUUUAAAGAGUUGUUCUAGUUUAAGCGAUUUUCGGAUGGGUAAGGGGAUUCAUGGAUGGAUUUUAAGCAAUGGGAUUGACUUGGAUGUGGUAUUAGAUAACUCUAUCCUUGAUGUUUAUGUAAAAUGUGGCGCCUUUGAUUAUGCAGAAAAGUUUUUUGAAACUAUGAAAGAGAGAGACACAGUUACUUGGAAUGUAAUGAUGGGUGCAUAUAUGUAUAUUGGGGAUAUGGAGAAGGCUCUUGAUUUGUUCAGAAGACUGCCCUUCAAAGAUGUUACUAGUUGGAAUACAAUCAUAUAUGGGCUAAUGCGAAAUGGGCAUGAAACAUAUGCAUUGGAGCUACUUUCUGAGAUGGUGGAAAUUGGACCUCCAUUUGACAAAGUCACUUUCUCAGUAGCUCUGGUUUUGGCUUCAUCUUUAUAUGUUCUUGAACUGGGGAGACAAAUUCAUGGCCGCGUUCUAAGGUUUGGUAUUCAAAAUGAUGGAUUUCUUCGGACUUCAUUAAUAGAUAUGUAUUCCAAAUGUGGAAAAAUGGAAAAGGCGUCACUCAUAUUCAAAACAUUGCCUUUGAGAACAAAUUCUAAGUUUACUUGUCAUGAGACAAAGACAGAAGUUGUAUCAUGGAGUUCAAUGGUUUCUGGGUAUGUUCGUAAUGGUGAGUACGAAUAUGCUUUGCUAACUUUUUGUUCUAUGGUUCGUGAACAGAUUAUGGUGGAUAGAUUCUCUUUGACAAGUAUUGUUUCUGCAUGUGCUAACGUUGGGAUUUUGCUUCUCGGUCAACACAUCCAUGCACACAUUCAGAAAAUUGGGUACAAAACAGAUGUUCACUUAGGUUCCUCAUACAUUGAUAUGUAUGCUAAAUGCGGGAGCCUAAAUGAUGCUUGGGUGAUUUUUAAACAGACUGUUGAUCUUAAUGUUGUGCUGUGGACUUCAAUGAUUUCCGCUUUAGCUUUACAUGGGCAAGGGAAGGAGGCUGUUCGGCUUUUUGAAUUCAUGAUACAAGAGGGAAAUAAGCCGAAUGAGGUUUCUUUCGUGGUGGUUUUAAAUGCAUGUAGCCAUGCCGGGCUUCUUGAAGAAGGCUGCAAAUAUUUCAGCUUGAUGAAAGAAGUUUAUGGCAUCAAGCCCGGAACUGAGCACUUCACUUGUAUGGUUGAUCUUUAUGGCCGAGCAGGUCGCUUGGAUGAGAUUAAAGAGUUCAUUCAUAAGAAUGGUAUCUCUCAGUUGAGUUCAGUAUGGAAGUCAUUUCUAUCUUCUUGCCGACUUCACAAAAAUUUCGAGCUGGGAAAGUGGGUUUCUGAAAGACUACUUCAACUCGAACCGUUUGAUGAGGGAUCUUAUGUUUUGUUGUCGAACAUGUGUGCUGCGAAUCAUAGAUGGGAAGAAGCGGCUGGUAUGAGAAGAUUGAUGCAAAAAAGAGGAAUUAACAAAGUGGCUGGUCAAUCUUGGAUCCAACAGAAGAAUCAAGUCCACUCUUUCGUCAUGGGUGAUAGGUCCCAUCCACAUUCCAGAGAGAUAUAUUCGUAUUUGGAUGAGCUGAUCGGAAGACUGAAGGAAAUUGGGUAUUCAUUAGACGUGGAAAUGGUGAUGCAGGACGUUGAAGAAGAACAAGGAGAAGUACUUCUUGGUUAUCACAGCGAAAAGCUUGCAAUUGCCUACGGCAUCAUGAGCACAACUUCUGGGAUACCAAUUCGGAUAAUGAAGAACCUGAGAGUGUGUACUGAUUGUCAUAACUUUAUUAAAUAUACUUCUCAGCUUUUAGAUAGGGAAAUAAUUGUGAGAGAUCUUCAUCGGUUCCAUCAUUUUAAACAUGGUCUGUGUUCCUGUGGAGAUUACUGGUAAGGUUCUAAUAUAUAUAUAUAUAUAUAUAUAUAUAUAUAUAUAUUUGUGCAAGUCAUUCUACUGAUGCGCUGGAUCAUUUUCCAUAAUCGCCAAGCAAGUUUAGAAGAAAUAUUUUUCUUUUUGUCACUGAAAAUAGAAUGGUGAUCAAGUAGUAUCAUCUUGAAGGAGCCUGUUAUGAACAAGCUCGAGUCAGCCUCAGAGUUUGUUGCUUGCUGUUCAUGUUGCAACCACAGGCAGAGGGACAUAAGGUAUAAGGGUAAUUUAUCCCUUUACGGUAGGUGACACAACACAACUGUAGCUUUCUUCACUCAACGACUCUGUUUUUCUAUUCUUCCAAUCAAUCAUAUAUGCCCUGCUUCUAAGAAAUACCGCAAUUGGUCUUCUUCCUAGCUCCUAGCCAUGAGAUUGAUUGUAACCAAGAAAGAUGGCUUCGUAUGCACUACUUGAAGGUAGAGUCCAAAUUAAGGAAAGGAAAGAAAAGAAAAGAAAAGAAAAGAAAAGAAAAGAGAAGGAGAGAGAUGUGGAAAUUGGUGGCUUAUUGUAUAAGAGAGGUAAGUGAAGUGGAGAACCCGGACCCACUUUAGAAUCUUCAAUAGAAAAGUGGUUUAUGUUAUGUC